AUGAAGUACACAAUCUACGACCGGCUGCUUAAGCGAGAGGUUGGUCAAGAGCGCAGCAAAUACUCAGACAUCCGAUCAAUAUACGGCGACCGGAAAUGGGUCGAUAAUCUCGAUAUCGUAAACGAGCUUGAAGGCCACAACGGAUGCGUCAACGCCCUCAGCUGGUCGAAAUCUGGCCGUCUCCUCGCUACCGGCUCCGACGACCAUCGCAUCAACAUUCAUGCAUAUCACCCCGAAUCGUCGACCGACCAGUUCAACCUCACCACAUCUAUUGAGACAGGCCAUCGCUCCAACAUCUUCUCCGUAAAGUUUAUGCCUUACUCGGGCGACCGCACCAUCGUUAGCGCAACAGAUGACGUGAGGAUAUUUGACAUUGAGCAUUCAGGUCACUCGGCCUUCCGAACUGCUUCUAGAGCAGGUGGUGCGCGAAACUUGGGCACAGCACGGAGCAGAGUGACACUUACCGAGGCCGAUACAAAUGCCAAGGCAUUUCGCUGCCACACCGACACUGUAAAGAGGAUUGUCACAGAGGACAACCCAUUCUAUUUCAUGACCUGCUCCAACGAUGGAGAUGUACGGCAAUGGGAUAUAAGGCAGCCAGCCAGGGCGUAUCCACCAGCAAGAGACAGCAUGCUUCCGGCGUGGGCAAGAGACGAUGACGCAUCUGAUGAUAUUCCGCCGCCACUCAUCUCGUACAGUCGAUAUGGACUGGAUCUUAACACGGUCUCUUGUUCCCCUAGCCAACCUCACUAUAUUGCACUUGGUGGGGCACACCUUCAUUGCUUCUUGCAUGAUCGACGUAUGCUUGGCCGGGACAUCAACCGUGAGCGCGGUUCCAGACUUUCCACUCCAGCAAGUUGGAAUGAAAACGAUGAGGAGCUCCUAGGAAAAGCGACACAGUGUGUCAAGAAGUUCGCGCCUAAUGGGAAGCAACGCAUGGGCAGAAGCGACAGCGGUCACAUCACCUCAUGUAAGAUAAGUGACGCUCAGCCAAACGAGCUCAUCGUAAGCUGGUCUCAAGACCACAUCUAUAGCUUCGACAUUUUGAGAAGUCCGGAUGCAAGAGAGAAUGUAACACCAAUAAAAGCAUCAGGUAGUACGUCCAAUCGUCGAGUCAAGGACACCGCCAAAAAACGCAAGCGGCCAAAGUCAAGUGCAUCGUCUCAAGAGGCUGCUGAACGGGCAGGAUCCAGGCCACGAAAUGAUAGUACGGAAGAUGAUCUUGCACUACGCGUCACCUAUGGCAAUGGACAAAGUGAAGACAUUCGUAUCCAAACGCCUGCUGAGAGUCGCCUAACUCAGGAGCAACUGAACGAGUUGCGAUCCACGGACCAUUACCGGAUUGCGAGUACAACUAUCAAGAUAGCAAAGCGCAUAUUCGACCUUGGUGAACACGGAGAGACCGGGCUACAAUUGGCCUUCACCUCCAUCCUGGGCUUGGCAAACUCAAUAAUAGCAGAUAUGGAUGACAUAGAUCGGACAUGGACUUAUCCAAUCAACCCAGAUCCCGUCGAUGUGGCGGUACAAAACAAGCUCCGCGACAGCAGGGCAGCUUCGCGCCGGUUUGUGCAAGCAGCUGGAACGUUGGCACGAGUGUUGGGCGGACAGCUGUUGACCGGGUCAAGCUCAGACGCCUUGAUUGCACAAUACUUUGCAUCGAUCCAGCCGGCACCACGGGAGAGGGAGUUGCCUCGGCACCAACAUUUCGGAUAUGACUUUUUGAAAGCCAUACUGUUGUGGCUUGAUAGUGGUCCAGGCGCAGUAGUAGAGGGAUUCUCUGGACGGAGUAGCAGUGCUCGACUGCCUCUUCCACAUGGAGAAGACAUGGACGCCAUACAAGAGCAACUGAUUCCCUACCUGAUGAACCUUGCGGGUGAUGACAACAUUGUCAAUCCCGAUGCCUCCAAAUUUGAGACGGAUGCCACUCGAAUUCUGUUCUCUUCUGAGAUUGAAGCAGUUGAUGCCUUUGGCCAGGCGCUGCAAAUACCUUUUGCAGAUCUGACUGGAACAGAUGGAUCUGCGACGGAAGCGGAUUUUACAGAUGAACCUACCCAAACGCGAAGUGCAGCCAAAAGAAGAUGGGCAUAUCAGGUUGGAAGGGGAGUGCUGCUCAACGCUUCGAAGGACAUCAACUUUGCUUUCGUGGAUCGCGCCUAUGGCGGUCGUGGCAUCUCGGACAAACAAAUCAGAGCCGAGGAGAGAGCGCUGAGAGCACGACAGGCGGAUAUUGAUCCUGUGAUCGACGAGGGUCCUGUCCGUGAAGCAGAGUUAAUCAGGACAUCAAACCAAGAAACAGAAAACGGGGACGGUUCCCCAAGCUCGGUUACCCCAACAGGAUCGAGAUCCACCGUGGUUCAGAAUCCCGGGGAAAAUGAGGAAGACGAAGAACAAAAUGACGACGACGAAGACGAGGAUGACGAAGAUGACGAAAACGAUUGGUAUGGGGACUCUGAAGAUGGAUUAGACGAGGAUUCCGAGGAUUCCGAGGACGAGGAUGAAGAGGGACUACGGCGGACAAGAAGUGGACAUAUGCUAUGGCGUACCGACUUUGGUCGCAGUCGCUACAAACGGUGGAAGGUUGAACGCGACGUGCCUUGCGCACCUCACACCCGUGUUUAUAUGGGACAUUGUAAUGUCAAAACGGUAAAAGACGUCAACUACUUUGGUCUUCAAGAUGAGUAUGUUGUCAGCGGGAGCGAUUCAGGUCACGUUUUCAUUUGGGAUCGAAAGACAGCACAACUUCUGAACAUCCUGGAAGGGGAUGGAGAGGUUGUGAAUGUUAUUCAGGGCCAUCCCUAUGAACCGCUCAUGGCUGUAUCGGGCAUUGACCACACAGUGAAGAUAUUCUCACCAGAUGCUCACCUCCAACACAACGCUCGAAAAGGCGUAGGGGUGCAUUCGGCAGACCCCUCUUCCUUCUCCAGCAUCCGUUGGGGUCGCCGUGGCCGUAAUGUCACCACCGAACCCACAGCCGAAACCGAGACUGAGCCUGCAACUGCAGCACUCAGUGAUAGCGAUGACGACGUUGAACCUGGGGGACUUGCUAGUCGGCGCAGGAUGCACCUGAGUUAUCAAAUCACAAGCCAGAAUGACAUGGAUCGCAAGGGUGAAAGAGACGACUAUUUCAUUAGCCAGGCGGUAUUUGCGCAACUGGCUAGACACCUGGCUAGAGGUCAGGUCGGGGGUGUUGGGAAUGGUGGCGGCGAGGAAGGAGAAGAAGGCAAUGAGGCAAUUGUCAUCACUGAGGACAAUUGCAGUAUCAUGUGA